AUGGCUCCUGCGAUGCGCCUGACUUCCUCCGCCCUCCGGGCUUCGUUGAAGGCUUCGUCCUUUGCGACCAAGCAGACUGCCUUCACUGCUGCCCGCUGCUACUCCUCCAAGACCCAGACCCUCAAGGAGCGUUUCGCCGAGCUCCUCCCCGAGAAGAUCGAGGAGAUCAAGGCUCUCAGAAAGGAGCAUGGCUCCAAGGUCGUUGACAAGGUCACUCUCGACCAGGUCUAUGGCGGUGCCCGUGGCAUCAAGUGCCUCGUCUGGGAGGGUUCUGUCCUCGACGCCGAGGAGGGCAUCCGUUUCCGCGGCAAGACCAUCCCCGAGUGCCAGCAGGUCCUCCCCAAGGCCCCCGGCGGCAGCGAGCCCCUUCCCGAGGGUCUCUUCUGGCUCCUCCUCACCGGUGAGGUUCCCACCGAGCAGCAGGUCCGCGACCUCUCUGCCGACUGGGCUGCCCGCGCCGAGAUCCCCAAGUUCGUUGAGGAGUUGAUCGACCGCUGCCCCAGCGACCUCCACCCCAUGGCUCAGUUCUCCAUGGCCGUCACUGCUCUUGAGCAGACCUCUUCCUUCGCCCGUGCCUACGCCAAGGGCAUCAACAAGAAGGAAUACUGGGGAUACACCUUUGAGGACUCCAUGGACCUCAUCGCCAAGCUCCCCACCAUCGCUGCCCGCAUCUACCAGAACGUCUUCAAGGGCGGCAAGGUCGCUCCCGUCCAGAAGGACAAGGACUACUCCUUCAACUUCGCCAACCAGCUCGGCUUCGGCAACAACGCUGACUUCAUUGAGCUCAUGCGUCUCUACCUCACCAUCCACACCGACCACGAGGGUGGCAACGUCAGCGCCCACACCACUCACCUUGUCGGCUCUGCUCUCAGCUCCCCCUUCCUGUCCCUCGCUGCCGGUCUCAACGGUCUUGCCGGUCCCCUCCACGGCCUCGCCAACCAGGAGGUGCUCAACUGGCUCACCGAGAUGAAGAAGGUCAUUGGUGAUGAUAUCUCCGAUGAGAGCAUCACCAAGUACCUCUGGGACACCCUCAACUCCGGCCGUGUCGUCCCCGGUUACGGCCACGCCGUCCUCCGCAAGACCGACCCCCGCUACUCUGCCCAGCGCGAGUUCGCCCAGAAGCACAUGUCUGAGGACCCCAUGUUCAAGCUCGUCAGCCAGGUCUACAAGAUCGCCCCCAAGGUUCUUACCGAGCACGGCAAGACCAAGAACCCCUACCCCAACGUCGAUGCCCACUCCGGUGUCCUCCUCCAGUACUAUGGUCUCACCGAGGCUAACUACUACACCGUCCUCUUCGGUGUCUCCCGCGCCAUUGGUGUCCUUCCCCAGCUCAUCAUUGACCGCGCUGUCGGUGCCCCCAUUGAGAGACCCAAGUCUUUCUCCACCGAGAAGUGGAUCGAGAUCUGCAAGAAGUUGUAA